AUGACACAGGAUAUUGUGAUUGAAAGACCCUUAGGUCCCAGCGAAAACUUCUACAGGUGCCGAAACGCGGCAGGUUUCUACCAGAACUUCGCAGCUGUGGGUACCUACUCUAUCGACUUGGCUUCCAAAGACAGGGUGAUGUUUUGUGCAUUGAGAAAACUGAUUUUAGACUACCAUAUUCUCAUCUGCAACCUAUUCAAGAACGAAGCGGACCGCAAUACCAUCCUCAGACCAAUUGCUAAAGCAACCUUUGGUGAUCUCUAUGUCAAGGUAAAUGGGCCUACUGGUGGGCGACGGUGGUAUGAGAAGUUCAUUCAUGAUUUGUGCUGCGAGAAGCUCUUUGAUAUAUACGAAGAGCUGCCACUUUUCCGCAUUGUGUUGGCAGGAGAGUGCACGUUGGGAGCUACUUUUGAGCAUACAGCUGCUGACGGAGUGGUGGCACCUCAAUUUCAUGCAAUCUUCCUCGACAAUUUGGGCUUCUGUGGUAACCGCAGAAAUGAGAAGGAGUAUGAGGAGCUGUACGGAAAGAUUCCUGACGUGAUUGGAUCCGAUACGGUGAUUUUUGACGCUGCUAAAGACACCCAAUUCAUCAAGCACUCGUUGCCUCCUCCAGUGGAGAUGUUUAUGGAGAACCAUUUAGACUAUACUUUUGGCGAUGAUGAACAUUACUCGAUUGCAACACCGAAAAACUACCCCAAAAAGUGGCCCGGUCGGUUUCCUGCCAAACUCAAGGCAAACAAAAUCAUGAAGCUCGUGCAUGUUGGUCCUGAGCAUUUCAAUCCUUUGUUGGCUGCUUGCAGAGAAAAGCGUGUAACCUUAACGGCGUACUUGGCAACAAUUCAGGCCCUUACAUUUAAUCCGAUCUACGGAGACAAGCACCACACAUCGUGUAUGAUUGCUGUCACCCUUAGGAGAUUCCUCACUCCAGACGUUGUGGAAGAGCCUUACAAGGAGAUCGUUGCAAACGAAAAGUAUAGAAUCUUGGGUAACUUUGCUCACAUGGGUCUACCCACCUUGUUUGAACCGGUAAAGGAGUUCUCAUGGGAUCUUGUAAAAAAGGUGAACGGGGAACUCUUUCAAACCACAAAAAAUCCACGGUUGUUAAACACACUGAAAGGGUUCACAGACGCUGCAGACCUCUAUGAUGAGAGUGGAGAGCUUUUUUCCGCGAUACUUGGUGCUAACAAGGCUGACUCAGUUAAGAUGUCGAAUUUGGGCGCCUACAAUUUUCCAGUUUAUGAAAUAGAAGGUGAAAACUGGACCAUAGACGAUUUACAGUUUGCACAGGAUAUGGCGCCCGGAGCUUCUGAGUUUGUCGUGAACGUAGUGUCUUGCCCUAGAGGUGGCCUCAACAUCGUGUUGUCCUACUUCGAAGGCGACACCGGGGACGAGGAGGCUCUCGCCAACAUCCACCGUGACUUUGAGGAAAACAUCAAAAAGUACUAUGCUGCUUGA